CUGCUCUUGACACUUCAGUCUUUCGCGAAUAGUCAAAAACAAUGAUUCGGUUUAGUGCUGUGUUCGUAGUCCUCUGCCUGGCAUCCUCUGCCUUCGCUUGGGCCAAAGAGAAUCGCUACCAUUACCAUCAUUCCCACCAGGAUGAACCAGAAGAUACCUUAAUCCUUUCUCACGUGCUCUUCCGUCACGGUGAUAGGACGCCAGAUGUCAGCACUAUCUAUCCAACCGAUCCCUAUAUGAACGAAACCUUUUUCCCUUACGGUAAAGGACAACUCACUUUGCAAGGAAAACAAAGGGCUUUUGCUUUGGGAAAGAGCUUGAGGCAACGUUACAAUGAAUUCUUGGGAAACCUUUACACUCCGGACAUCAUCGAAGCCAGGUCGUCGGCUUAUCCCAGGACCCAAAUGACCCUGCAAUUGGCAUUGACCGGUCUGUUCCCUCCCACCAAAGAAUACAGGAUCGCCGGCGGUCUGAACUGGCAACCUAUCCCAUACCUCUACACAGAUUACGAGCAAGACAAGUUGGUGGCAACCUUCAGGAGCUGUGAAAGAAUCUUCGAUAUCGUCGAUGAUAUGGAAAAAACUUUAUACAGAAACGAUUUGACCCAAUACAACGAUCUCUUCGCCUACCUCAGCGAACAUUCCGGAUGGCAAGUGAACAACACCAGAUUCACAUUCUUCAUCCAAAACACUUUGAAAGUCGAGUCUGAAUGGGGAUUCGAACUUCCCGAGUGGACCAAGAAAAUCUGGAACACACCUGAAUUCACCAGCGCUUCCGAGUUGUUCUGGAAGUACAUGUCUGGUACCAAGGAAUUGAACAGAAUCAACAUUGGUAACUUGCUCCAAAAGAUUGUCACGGACACCCAAAACAAAAUCGACGGAAAGAACUCUCGUAAGAUCUAUUUGUACUCUGGUCAUGACUUCACCGUUGUACCAAUGCUCGCUGCUUUCGGUAAUUUCGAUGGUAAAAUGGCUCCUUACACAUCACACGUCAUCAUCGAACUCCACAAAAUCAACGGUAUCUACGGAAUUAAGUUGUUCUUCCAAAAUUACGAGCAGAGGUUACCAAAGCAGCUGACCAUCCCCGGAUGCGACAGCUUCUGUCCUUUCGACGAAUUCGUGAAGAUCGCUGAAGAUUAUUAUCCAGGAGAAAAGUGGUGCUAAACUCUAGUCAAUUUAUUUAUGAAAAAAAAAACAUUAAAUUUAUAACGGUAUUUAAAUUAAUAAAGCAU